AUGGAAUCAUUUAAAUCAUUUGAACAUAAAUUUCAAUAUCGAAUUAUUGGUCAUAGUGGUGAUUCACCGAAUAUUGAAUUCGUUAAAGAAGACAAAUAUCCACGUACGGAAAAAGAGAUGUUUAAAGUAUUAACUCAAAUGUAUACUCAUUCUCAAUUUUGUUUAAGUGAUAAUACAUUAAAUGCAACCAUUCAAGCGAUAAAAGAAAUUACUAAAGAAGAUGCAGAUGAUUACUUUGUUGUGGUACUUUCGGAUGCGAAUAUUACACAAUACCGUAUUAAUCCGGAAGAUAUAGCGAAAGUAUUAAAAUCAACUGAAAAAGUAAAUUCGUUUAUGAUAUUUAUUGGAUCGUUACAAGAUCAGGCUGAAAAGUUAAAAUCAAAUUUAGGUAGUCACGCACAUGUUUGUAUGGACAAUAAAGAUUUACCAAAAGUUAUGAAAUCCAUAUUUUUAGCUUCGAUGUUGAAAGGAUAA